AUGACAUUCGUCUAGCGCAGUGUUUAUACAAUCGCCAGUACAAUGAAACGUAAAAUCGUCAACACGGACGUAAACUAAAUAAAUAAACCGUCGCCGCAAUGCCCUGAUUGACUCUCCCGGAAGACCUUCCCCGAUUCUUGGAGUCUCCUGUAAUGGAAGCAUGUGUGACGACAAUGUCGGUGCGGGCGGCACAGUGUUCGAAAAAUGCAUCCGUGAGAAAAUAAUGUGCUACAUACUAGUGCUAGCAACUCCUUCUGCAAUAUGGUGUGCAAGCUGCGGCAUCUAGACUCGGGCUAAAGUGCGCUGUUAUGGCUUCUUUUAGUUUGUUUAGAAGGGUGUAAGACUGACAGCAUGAUCGAAAUUACGAGAUGACGAACAUAGCUGAGGACGUUUGGUAGGAAGAGGAGACAUGCCGGGAGGGAGACGGGGCCUGGUGGCCCCUCAGAACACGUUUUUGGAAAAUAUUAUCAGGAGGUCCAAUUCGCAACCCGACAGCAGUUUCCUUCUGGCGAACGCCCAGAUCGUCGACUACCCGAUAGUUUAUUGCAACGAGUCUUUCUGCAAGAUUUCCGGCUACAACAGGGCGGAAGUAAUGCAAAAAUCCUGCAGGUGUGCCUUUAUGUUCGGCGAACUUACCGAUAAGGAGACAAUCAGUAGAGUAGACCAUGUCCUCGAGCAUCAGUUGCACGACCAGUUUGAGAUUCUCCUUUACAAGAAAAAUAAAACACCACUAUGGCUACUCCUGCAGAUUUCGCCCAUAAAGAACGAGCGCGACUUGGUAGUCCUCUUUCUAUUGACUUUUCGGGACAUAACAGCGCUGAAACAACCCAUAGAAACCGACGAUGCGAAAGGAGGUCUGUCAAAAUUCGCCAAGUUGGCACGCUCGGUGACCCGCAGUCGCUCGGUCCUGGUGUCGCAGUUCUCUUCCCAUCUGCCGAACCUGAAAGACACCACGAAGCAGUCGCAUCUGGCGCAAAUGAUGAGUUUAAGCGCAGACAUCAUGCCCCAGUACCGCCAGGAAGCCCCCAAGACGCCGCCGCAUAUCUUGCUUCACUACUGCGCCUUCAAAGCCAUCUGGGACUGGAUCAUCCUGUGUCUCACGUUCUACACAGCGAUUAUGGUCCCGUACAACGUGGCUUUCAAGAACAAGACCUCCGAAGACGUGUCGCUGCUUGUUGUUGAUUCGAUUGUUGAUGUUAUUUUCUUUAUUGAUAUUGUUUUGAAUUUUCAUACGACUUUCGUGGGGCCGGGGGGCGAAGUGGUGUCCGACCCGAAGGUGAUCCGGAUGAACUACCUCAAGAGUUGGUUCAUCAUCGACUUGUUGAGCUGCUUGCCUUAUGAUGUCUUCAAUGCCUUUGAUCACGACGAAGACGGAAUCGGUAGUCUAUUCAGCGCCCUGAAAGUCGUGCGCCUGCUCCGCUUGGGCCGCGUCGUCCGCAAGCUCGACAGGUACUUGGAGUACGGGGCGGCCAUGCUGAUCCUGCUCCUGUGCUUCUACAUGCUCGUCGCCCAUUGGCUGGCGUGCAUUUGGUACUCCAUCGGGCGUUCCGACGCCGAUAACGGCGUCCAAUACAGCUGGCUCUGGAAGCUCGCCAAUAUCACCCAAAGCCCGUACUCGUACGUCUGGCCAAAUGACACCAACACGCCAGAACUGAUAAACGGCCCUUCACGCAAAACCAUGUACGUAACGGCUUUGUACUUUACCAUGACCUGCAUGACGUCGGUGGGAUUUGGAAAUGUGGCCGCCGAAACUGACAACGAACGAAUUUUCACGAUUUGCAUGAUGAUCAUCGCUGCUCUUUUGUAUGCGACGAUCUUCGGCCACGUAACGACAAUAAUCCAGCAAAUGACUUCGGCCACCGCCAAAUACCACGACAUGCUGAACAACGUAAGAGAGUUCAUGAAACUUCACGAAGUCCCCAAAGCCCUGUCUGAACGUGUAAUGGAUUACGUGGUGUCGACCUGGGCCAUGACCAAGGGACUAGACCAAGACAAGGUUCUGAAUUUUUGUCCGAAAGACAUGAAGGCUGAUAUUUGCGUCCAUUUAAAUCGAAAAGUGUUCAAUGAGCAUCCCGCUUUCCGGCUGGCUUCCGACGGCUGCUUGAGAGCUCUGGCGAUGCACUUUACCAUGUCCCAUUCGGCUCCGGGAGACCUCCUCUACCACACCGGCGAAUCCAUCGACUCGCUGUGCUUCAUCGUCACGGGGUCUCUGGAGGUGAUCCAGGACGACGAGGUGGUGGCAAUCCUGGGCAAGGGCGACGUCUUCGGCGACUCCUUCUGGAAGGACAACGCCGUGGGCCAAUCCGCCGCCAACGUGCGCGCCCUCACCUACUGCGACCUGCACACCAUCAAGCGCGACAAGCUCCUCGAAGUCCUCGACUUCUACCAAGCCUUCGCCAACAGCUUCGCCCGCAACCUCAUCCUCACCUACAACCUGCGCCACCGCCUCAUCUUCCGCAAGGUCGCCGACGUGAAGCGCGAGAAGGAGCUCGCCGAGCGGCGCAAGAACGAGCCCCAGCUCGACCAGAACCAGGACCACCUCGUGCGCAAGAUCUUCUCGAAGUUCCGGCGCGACCGCACGCAGCCGCCGGCGCCCACGUCACAGCAGUCCUCCGACGUGGAGAAGGGCGAGGAGAACGGCGACAAGCCCAUGGCGCGGGUGCUGUCCACCACCAAGCUGUCGUCGGUGGCGGAGAAGGACGACAGCGGCGGGGGCGGCGUCAAGACGACGGUGGCGCGGCCGAGCGCGGGCCGGGCCAGCAAGUGGGGGCGGCUGCUGGGCUCGGCGAGCCUGGACUCGGGCUCGGAGAGCUCCACGCAGGCGCAGCAGAGCUUCACGAGGAGUCUGAGCGCCAAGGACUCGGCGAAGGAGCGGCCGAGCUCGUCGUCGUCGGGGAGUUCGGGGAGCCAGCCGACGCCGGGAUCGGGGAACAAGGUGUUCCCGAAGCUGCAGAAGGUGUCGACGAACGCGGCGCCGGGGAUCACGAGGCAGGACACGAUCGAGGAGAUGGUGGAGGUGGAGCCGCCGCACUCGAGGAAUCUGAGUCUGAGGAAGAUGCAGAGUUAUGAUUGCGGGUUGAGGGACCCGUCGACGGCGUCGAUGUACCAGACGCCCAUCCCGGACCCGAUCGCGCCGCCGGAGUACAAGGAGCUUAUGACUAAUCUUAUGGAUUUUAAAGUGGAUGUGAAGCUGGAGAUCCAGAGGCUCAAUCAAAAGAUGAACCGCAUGGAGGAGUUGCUCUCCGAGCUGGUGAAACGCAUAAGUCCGGAGAGCGGUUCCAGCUCGCCCCAGGGCGACUCCGAACCCAAACAAAAGUCUUCCAACACGGGCUCAAGUAUGGAGAGACCAACGGAAUUGCUGACGAAGCCCAGUACGUCGGAAGGUACGGGUUUAGGGCCUAUAAUUUUAAGGAAAAGACGGUCGAAAACUCGGAUGAAAGGGACAGCGCCGCAGAUACCUACACCGAGCAGUGGGAAAAUCACCUCACCGGAAAGUUCAGCUACUAGCCCUACAGAAACUAGCAAAAUGCUGGAUGAGCCAGUGCUCACGCCGUCCUCUCGAAAACCUAAGGACUUUCUCUAGAGAAUUUUUAGAUUUUCUUAGAAAGUCAUAGACGCCUGCCACUAAGGAUAGAUUGUUUCGUUUCGUUCACUCAGUUUCUCUGAUUUUCGAAAAGUUUCCAUUCGAUCAUAUUCUGCAUCACCAUCGUGUACAUAUAGUACCUAACAAUAAAAUAGCUUUAGACUAUAACGGCCAUUACUUUUGCAUCUAUCUAUAGAAUUACAAAUUUUGGCCACACAUGCCUUGUGCUCUACAAGUAAGAGCUUUUACAGUAGUUUGUAAAGUUCACGCUAUAGCAGCGCUCUAUCUAUAAACACCAAAAUAUUGCAAAAACUAACUGUGGAAUAUUUUCACUUGGGUUUAAAGCGACGGAAUUGUACAGUUUUUCGGUGCGAGGCGAAGUCGAGGCGGACGCCGAGACCGAGACCGCAUCUCCCUGUCUUUACAACGAAGUCUAUUUUCACUUUACUCAUUUAGCAAUACCGUUUUCUCCUCGACGAUACAAAUUAUAUUUAAGUUUAGUCAAAUGAAAGAUUCUACAUCACAGAUUUAUAUAUAUGACACUACGUUGAAUACUCAGAGUUAUAUUAUGUUAAAAAUAUCCACCUCAAAAAAUUGUAUAAAUCUACUAAAUCUGUAAGGAACAUUAGUCUUAUUUUAUAUAUAUAACGAGAUAUAUAAAAUUGUCCUGUCCCUUCAAGGUUGAUCACCUCAUUCAAAUAAAGUGUAUAUGUGUAUAUAAAAGAUAUAUACCUAUAUACCAAGACAUUGUGGGUCGGUUACUUUAAAGUCACGCCCUCAACAGCUAAAUAUAUCUCUAGAUCAUAAUGACCUGUGACUUUCAAAGUAACAGAUUCAGUUGAGAUACAAAGCACUGAUUUUGCUCAUUCUAUGCUCUCAUUUUAAGUUGUUGAGUUGCUUUCGAGCGUAUUUCAACAAGAACAUUACUAUAACAAAUUUGUAUUCUAAUGUUGGAGCAAUAAAUAUUUAAAAACAUGAA